UGUUGCAGAUAUAGGUACCUAAUCAAUUAUUUGCGCGUAAAGCGAAUUUAUAAGUAAUUUUUUCAUAACUUUUGUAUUAAAUGGAAAAAAUAGAUUAUACACAAUGGAGUUAACACAACGCCUCGAAUGCACACAAGAACUUUAUUCAAAUAAUUGUGCAAAAUCUGUUCCAGAGCAGAUUGGCUUUCUAGGUAUUUGCGGCAGUAAAUAUCCACUUAAAAAGGGGCCGAAUAAAAUAGGCAGGGAUCCAGAAACAUGCAAUAUUGUGCUUAAUUUGAAUUCAAUAUCAAGGCAGCAUGCUGUUAUUAACAUUCUAAACAGCAGAGAUUUUAUGCUUAUGGAUUUGGACUCUGCAAAUAAAACUAAACUAUCAGAUAAAAUAUUACAGCCAUAUAUACCACAGCUCUUGAAAAAUGGGGAUAUGGUUCAAUUUGGAGAUGUUUUUGGAGUGUUUAGACUGCUCCAGGAAGAGAAUGACCUGCCAAUGACCCAGGCAAUGGAUAUACCUGAAACACCUGUGCAUAACCGUCAUAUAUCAAAGCUCAAUGUACAUGCUACAACUAUACCUGAGUCUCCAGAAGUUAGUGACAAGGAUGAUUCAUACAUUGCAACAUCACAACAAAAACCAAAGAAUGUAUUUAAAAGUCCAAAUAACAAUUUUCUUAAGGCGUCGGGAAAAACCAUAGCAAUAAAACCUGUUGGUACAAAUAAAAUAGAUAAUGUUUUUUGGAGUUCCUCUAAAAAAUCGGAUUCUUUCAGUACACAAACAAAUAUUUCUGGUGAUCUUGAUGAUUCAGUUGAAUUAACACAAAAUUCUCAGAGUUUUGCAAAUGAGAAAAGCAUUCAUGAAAUGGAAACACAAAAUCCAUUUGCCAACCAAAUUGAAAGUAUAAAUUCUCUCUACAAUGCUUAUAAUGAACUUUUUAAUCGAUCUUCUCCUAACAUUUAUGAAAUGGAAACACAGUUGCCUAUAGUAGAAUAUUUGCCAGAAGAAUGCAAAAUACAUGUUCAAGAAAACCUACAAAUAAAUAUUAAUACAGAUAAUAAGGAAAAUGAUGAUUUUUAUAUACACAACGCAGAAACGCAAGUACUACGUGCUGACAAACCAUCGUUAUCUAAAGAUAAAAUAAUAAGUCCAGAAUCAAAGUUGACAGUUGAUGUAAAAGAUAUAGCACCGAUAGUGAACGAAAAUGUAGCUAACGAAUCCAAGUUAUCAAGUCCAAAAAGUGUUUCGGAUGACAUAAUAUUAUUUGACGAAAUCGAUUGUCAACCGCUGGAAGAUAAUAUUGAAUCCCAACAAUUAUUGUUGUCGCCAAUAUUAAAAAAUCGCAAGCAAACAAAUGAUGAUGAUGAUGAUCAAACUAUUCCACAAUCCCAAAUAAAUUUUGUUCCUCAAAAAAGAACGAAUCGGAUAGAAUCUGAUAGUUCAACAGAUUGUGAAGAUAUAAAUGUUGCUGCUACUCAACUAAUAUCAAAAGUUAAGAACACUGAUGAAAAUUUAACAGACUGUGAAGACGAAACUGACGCUAUUUUAAUAGAAACAAAUAAGAGUAAAAGAAAAUCACCGGAUAUAGAUGAAGAUUCUACUGAUUGUGAAGAUUUUCAUGAGGAUGACUUGAUUGAACCUAAUAAAGUGGUAGACAAAGAAAAUAUUGAAGAUCUACCUACGCAAGUGUUAGGAGAUGCGACAGUUAAAAAAGUAACGACAAAAAUGAUCAGUAAACAUGAAAAUUUUGAAGACUUACCAACACAAAUUGUUGAAGAAAAUAUAAAUAGAGACAGUGAACUCAAGACCAAUUUCCCUGAUUUACUGACGCAGGUAUUAGUUGUUGAGCCUGAAAAAGCUACUUGUCUUGAAGAAGCUUUAACCCAAAAAAAAUAUUCGGAUGAAAUCGUACAAUUUAAAAUGCCUUUUAAAUCUCCAGUUAAAAUAAAAAAGAAGGUAGACACUAAUAUAACACCUAGUAAAAGUAAUGCUGUCACUGAAAUUGAAGAUGAUGAUGAUGAGAAAUAUUAUGCAGCUACUCAAGAGUUAUUUGAUGACUUAUGUUCACAAAGGCCUGCAUCUCCAGAUGUUAAAAUUGUAAAUAUUGACAAAAAUCAAUCUAUGAGAGAUAAAAUAAAUGGUGUCCAGACUAUCCGAACGUCAUCAAGUGGAAGUAGCGAUGUUGAAGAAAAAAUAACAGAGUAUGUUUCUAAUUUAACAUCUUCACAAAUAGAAGACGUAGUUGGAGUACAAAAAGAUGAUAUUGUUUUAAAAAAAAUGCCCAGUGAUGGUUCAGACGUUGUUGCUACGCCGAAAAAGAUAAAUUGUAUAUCACUAUUAGAAACAGAUUUGCCUAACACGCAAGAAAUAAAAACUGGUAUCUCGCUAGUUCGUCAUUCCGAUACGGAAUCAUUUACUGACAACUAUAGUGAUUCAGAAAGGGAUUCGGAAAGAGAUUCUCCAAUAAAGUUUAAACAUAAAUCGAAAGUUAUACAAAAAAUUAGGAUUAAUCUUUCAGACAAGUUUGACCCUGAAACUAUACCUGUAAGAACCAGUAUUCGAAUAAGAAAACCAACAACAAAAAUACAAAACUGUGAUGAAUCUUUUCAACUUAUAGCUGACAAAAUAUUAAAGCCUGUAUCGAUUAAAAAGCAAGAUGUAACAGUUAAGAAACAACAUGCGAAAGAAAAUACAGGUAAGCACAGGAAGGAAAAAUCAAACAGAAGUAAAAUUGAAGACCCUGAUCAGCCGAAUACAAGCAAAAGCAGCGCGCCAGGUUGUCAUGGUGCUAAAAAGAACUACCAUAAAAAUACAGAAAUAGACGAUUCUAAUAAAAAACAGUCCAAGAGAGGUAGAAAAGCCAAACAAAAUGACGAGACAAUGAUCAAUAAAGAAAUACCCAAAAUGACUGAAACUGCCACAGAUGAGUGUAAUUCAAAUAAUACAGGAAGAAGAUCACGCAUCAAACAUAAACAAGAAGAAACUCGAAAGAAGACAUCUAGGAAUAAAGGAUCCAAAACACCUGAAGAAGAAAUAUCUACUUUAGACAUCAAAAAUAAAAACAAUGCAAAAUUGACCAAACAAUUACCCGUAUUCUCUGAAAAUGAAAAUAAAACAACAAUCACUAAGGAAAGAUCUAAAUCUCCAGAAAUGGGCAUAAAAAAGAAACCUUCUACUAGAGAAAGGUUUAAGUCCCCGGAACACGAACGGAAAAGAAAAACUUCCAAGGAGAAUUCCAGAUCUCCAGAAAUAGGAAUAAAGAAAAAAUCUAUUAAACCAAGAUCUAGGUCCUCGGACGAGGAAACGAAAAAAAAUACUUCGAAGGAAACAGGAAAAAAUUUAAAAACAAGUGAGAAAUCUGUAACUCUUAAGUCUGAAGAAACGAAAAUUAGACGUAGUAAAAGAAACAGGACUAAGAAAUCGGCAGAACCAGUUAAUAUUUCUGAACCGAAGCCAGCAAAACACGAACAAAGUAGAGUCUAUAGUACUGUCAGUAUAAUGUCAUCGGACUCUAGCACAGAUUCGCCCAAUAAACUAAAAAGGCCAGCAACAGGCGACCUAGAUUUGCCCAACGCGAAGAAACCUAGGAGCGGUGUUAAGUCAAUACUAAGAGCGACACCAGCCAGGAAACCAAAAACUCAGUACGUUUUGUUCACUGCAUUCGCCUGUGAUGAAGUGAAAGAAAAAUUGGAGAAAUUAGGUGCCAUAAUAGUAUCAGACGUGAUGACCUGCACAGUUGUGUUGACAAUGCAGAUCAAGCGAACGUUCAAGUUGCUGUGCGCCGUUGGCCUUGGGAAGCCAAUUGUUGGGCCAAAUUGGGUCCAAGCUUGUGCUGACACAAACAUGGUUGUUGAUCCGUGGCUGUACCUACUGCAAGAUGAAGUAACCGAGAGGAGGUUUAAAUUCAACUUGCAACAGUCGCUUGUGGGGAGAAGGGAAUUUCUAAAGGGUUACAACUUGUCAUCUACGCCCAGUGUGAUGCCCAGUACGCCAGAAAUGAAACUGAUUGUGGAAUGUUCUGGCGGUAAAUGGAAGGAAGGCGGACCGCGGUGGAUAUGCGUGUCUACGAAGGCCGACCGAGCGCUUUGGCCGGGACUCAAACGGAAGGGCGCGGUCGUUGUCUCCACGGAAUUCAUUUUAGGAGGUGUUAUGAGACAAACCAUAGAUAUAGAAAAGAAUAUGCUGUAAAAUACCUGUUUUUGCAGUAUGUAUUUUUUGUAAGUGGCCAUUGUGAAACUGUCAGCUUACUGUCAGCCGCUGUCACUGUGACAGUACUGUGUGAGAUGACAGGUCCAUUUAAUCCUGUUGCUAUGAAAAAGGUUGAUCCAUAAAUUCUAUCUGCAAUAGUAAAAGGAGCUUCUAUAUAUUCAUAGGCUUGUGAAGUAUAGUAAAAUAAAUUCCCAAAAUAAUAGUAAUUAAUAAUCUUUGAGUAGUUUGAGAAAAGUUAUUAUCUAUAAGUCUAUGACCUGUCAUC